UUAUUUAUUGGAACUAGCUUAGGUGUUAAGGUCUGAGGUGGGCCUUGAGUAAGGCAAAAGGAACUAAAAAAGCUAGUACUUCUUAAGGUGUGGUCUGUGAACCUGUGUCAUCAGCAGCAUCAGUAUCACUUGGAAUCCUAGAAAUGUAAAUCCUUGGAGUGCCUGGCUGGCUCAGUUGGUGGAGCAUGCGACUCUUGAUCUCUAGGUUGUAAGUUCGAGCCCCACCCUCGGUGUAGAGAUUAUUUAAAUAUAAAACCUCGAAGGGAAAAGAGUGUACUUGGUGACCUUUCCGAGUCGUUGGCCAUGUGGGUUGGGGCAGCCUGAGUCGGGGGUCCUGUGCUGAGAUGAUUCAAAGCCUUGUAAAAAAUGUUCGGGUCCCCAUGAGGCCCUGCUCUACCCAACUUUACCAGAUUUGGGUAGGAAUGGAGUUCAUGGGCUUCAUCGUUUAUAAAAUUAGGAUUGCUGAUAAAAGAAGUAAAGCUUUGAAAACUUCGAGUUCUGUACCUGCUCAUAAUCAUCAUUGACCAGCUUUACUUGGAGUACAGAUGGAAUGUCAUUUUGGCUGUAAAUCUCAGCAGUCUCUGUUAGAUGGGAACAUGGAGCAUUGCUGUACACUUGUAGAUGUGUUGUUUCCUUUGUGGUGUGAAUAAAUGUAACUGUGAGAUGCAAAAAAGAAAGAAAAAUGUAAAUUUUCAGACCCCAUCUCAGUUCUACUGAAUUAGAAUCUCAGGAAUGGGCCCAGGGAGUUAACAAGCUCUCCAGUGAUUCUCAUGCAUUACUAAAGUCUGGAAGCACUGUACCAGUCUUUUUUAGAUUAGAGCAGCUGGAGAAAUCCUAUUUGUAUCCAAAAUCAAAGCAAGGCUUUUUGUAUCCCAGAGUUUCUGGCACUUCAUUGCUACGUUG